GCUAGAGGUCCUACAAAAAUGUUAGAUGUAUGGGAAAUGGAAGAUGGUGAUUUAAUAAUCAUUAAUUUGGACAAAUAUGAUCGACCCAUUGGUGAGGAAGGGACAACUCUAACUCGUUUCAUUGGUAGUGUAGCUAGAAGGUAUCAAUAUGCUCCUAUCGACUACAAGUCAUGGAAAGUCAUGCCAAAUGAUUACAAAGAAGAAAUGUUGAAAUUAAUAGAGAGUAAAUUUGAGUUUGUUCCUCCAAUAAAUGACUUAACAAGAGAAAUGUUAAAAUCUGAGCUGAAUGAGAAAUGGAGGCAAUGGAAGGGUGAUCUAAAGUCAAUGGCAUAUGACCCUACUAAAACAGAAGAAGAAGUUGCAUCUCUUGUACCAGAUGAUAGGGUUGACCCAAAUCAAUAUCGUGGUUUGGUUCAUCAUUGGUUUUCUGAUGAAGGACAAAAAAUAAGUAAAAUUAAUAGGCAAAAUCGUGCUAAAUUUGAAGAUGUUCAUUGUAUGGGUUCAAAAAGUCUCCCAAAGUUUAUUGAUGAGAAGAUAAAAAAGGGAAAAGGAGUGUUGCCUGGACGUAAAGAGAUUUACAUUGAUACCCGUACUCGUAAAGAUGGAACAAUUGUCAAUGAAAAGGCUGCAAGAUUGAUUGAAGAACUAAAAAAACAUAAUAAUGAGGCUGGAACUUCUCAAUCAACCCAAGACACACAAGGUUCUAUGUCUUGGAAGGAUGACAUAUUUUAUCAAGUACAAGGACCUGAUAAAAACGGACGUGUGCGAUGUAUGGGCAAGAUUCCUCAUUCUAAAAAAUCGAAGGUUUGUGCAUCUGAAAAUGAAGAGUUGCGCGAAAGAGUUAAGAAUAUGGAAAACUUGUUAGCAAAUGUGAUGACUUUAAUUCAAAAUCGAUUUUCUGGAGCAGAUGUUAAUGAUAUAAUACAAGCUGCAAGACAGGUUCCUGAUGCUACUAGUGCUCAAAACCAUUUGAAUUCACUUAGUCCAAACAACAACGAAAAUAACGAAAAUGGUGAAGAUUAAAAGCUAAUUUAUUGUUGAAGACGGAAUAUUGGCAAUUUAGUGGACUCAAUUUCUUAAUAUUUUUUGAGAUUGUUAUGUAUGACACAAGAUGU